UCGUCAGAAACUACAAUCCCAUAAUUCUUUGCGACUUUGGCAGCAUUUCUUGUCUACGUGGGAAGGGAGGGAUUCGGACACAAACAAAUUUCAACGGAUUUAAUGUUGGGCUACGUUGCCGAUAACCGUGACAUGUCAGGUGGAUUUGAGAGAUAACUCCAUGACAUAUGAAACAUGUGGCUCAAACCUGAAGAGAUUCUGCUGAAGAACGCCUUUAAAUUAUGGGUCACCGAGAAGGAUAACGACUAUUUCGUACUGCAAAGGAGACGAGGGUACGGGGAAGGUGGCGGCGGUUUGACAGGCCUCCUUGUGGGAACUCUGGAUACUGUGUUGGACUCCACAUCCAAAGUUGCUCCCUACCGUAUUCUUCACCACACACCAGACUCACAAGUGUACUGGUCAAUAGCAUGUGGUGUCACCAAAGAGGAAAUUGUUCAGCACUGGGAUUGGCUGCAGCAGAACAUCAUGAGGACGCUCUCUGUUUUCGACUCCAGCGAAGACAUCACCAGCUUUGUACAGGGCAAGAUUAGAGGUCUUAUUGCUGAGGAAGGGAAGGCAUCCCUGGUGCUGGAGGACGAUCCUGAGAAGUUCCGAGAAGCACUUUUGAGGUUUGAGAAGUGGUUUGAGCUGCCACCAGAGGAAAAGCUGGUCACAUAUUACUCAUGCAGCUACUGGAAAGGCAAAGUGCCCUGUCAGGGCUGGCUCUACCUCAGCACUAACUUCCUGUGCUUCUAUUCAUACCUGCUGGGAGCUGAGGUGAAACUGGUCAUCUCGUGGGACGAGAUCUGGAGGCUGGAGAAAACCUCUAACGUUAUUCUGACUGAGAGCAUCCAUGUCUUGGCUCAUGGAGAGGAUCACUACUUCUCCAUGCUGCUGCACCUUAAUGAAACCUUCGUUAUCAUGGAACAGCUGGCUGACUACUCUAUCAAGCGUCUUUUUGACAAAGAGGCCUUCCAAAGAGAGUCAGCGCUCUUCGAUCCCCUGCAAAUUACCAAGCGAGGCCUAGAAGCUCAUGCAAAGAGUGCACAGUUUCGGACGUUUUUCAGGCUUCCGAAGGAGGAAAACCUCUUAGAGGUGCACGAGAGCUUCCUGUGGGUGCCCUUCAGCCAUUUUAACACACUUGGCAAGAUCUGUCUGUCUGAGAACUACCUGUGUUUCGCCAGUCAGGAUGGAAGUCAAUGCCACGUCAUCAUUCCAAUGCGAGAGGUCGUUAAUGUUGAGAAGCCAGAAUCCAGCAGCAGGGCUUUAACGGUGUGUGUGCGUGGCAAGAGGGCGCUGCGUUUCUCUGAGGUGCGGGACUACCAGCGGCUUGCCAACACAAUUCGUAGCAGGUGUGGCAUCAGUGCCAGCCCUCAGCACUCUGCUUCAUCAGAGGCCAUACGAGGCGAAUGCCAGUCACUAAUCAACCACUUUGAGGACAAUCCAGAGGAUGUAACUCUGAUGGUUGGACAGAAAGAUUGCAGCAAGGCAGUGAGCACCGAGGCUCUCAUGACUGUUUUCCACCCCCAGGAUGUCGAAAACCUUGACCCCAAAAUGCUUAAAGAAAAGAUGAAGGAGCAGUCUUGGAACAUCCAUUUUGCUGAAUAUGGACGUGGCACGAGUAUGUUCUUCACCAGGAAGACACAAGACUUGAUUGUUCGUGGUGUUCCUGAGGCCUUGAGGGGAGAGCUGUGGAUGCUUUUUUCAGGAGCUGUGAACGACAUGGCCACUCACCCCGGCUAUUACACUGAGCUGGUUGAACAGUCUCUGGGCACAAGCACUCUGGCUACAGAUGAGAUUGAAAGAGACUUACACCGCUCUUUGCCAGAGCACCCUGCCUUUCAGAGUGACACAGGAAUCUCGGCUCUACGCAGAGUCCUUACUGCCUAUGCCUACAGGAACCCUAAAAUCGGAUACUGCCAGGCCAUGAACAUUCUCACCUCAGUUCUCCUGCUCUACGCAAAAGAAGAGGAGGCCUUCUGGCUCUUAGUAGCCGUCUGUGAGAGGAUGUUGCCGGAUUACUUUAACCGUCGAAUAAUUGGUGCUUUGGUCGACCAGGCAGUGUUCGAGGAUCUGAUUCGAGAAAACCUCCCCCAGUUGGUGGAGCACAUGACAGACCUGAGUUUCUUCUCAUCCGUGUCCUUGUCCUGGUUUCUCACUCUCUUCAUCAGUGUCCUGCCCAUAGAGAGCGCUGUGAACGUGGUGGACUGUUUUUUCUACGAUGGCAUAAAAGCAAUUCUGCAGCUCGGCCUGGCUGUGCUGGACUACAACAUGGAGGCUCUGAUCAGCUGCAACGACGAUGCAGAGGCCGUCACCAUCCUCAACAAAUUCUUUGACAGUGUUACAAACAAAGACAGUCCAUUGCCCCCAACAGUGCAGCAAGCUUCAGUGGGCAAUAAUGAUAAAGCAUCCCACUUGAAUGUAGAUAUCAGUGAACUCAUCCGAGAGGCCUACGAGAAAUAUGGAAACAUCCGUUCAGAGGAGGUCGAGAGCUCACGGAAAAGAAACAAACUGCAUGUGAUCCAGACACUGGAGGAUACAACCAAGCAAAAUGUAAUUCGGGUGGUGUCCCAAGAAGUCAGAUUCAGUGCCUCACACCUUGAUGAGCUUUAUAAUUUGUUCAAAAGGCAGCAUUUCCUCAGCUGCUACUGGACAAUGCAGAGCCCAGCUCUUCUACAUCAUGACCCCAGCCUGGCCUAUUUAGAGCAGUACCAGUUGGGUUUCCAACAAUUCAGCGUGCUCUUCUCCCUACUGGAGCCCUGGGCUUUCUGCAGCACCAAGUGCACCCUCUCCCUCUGGGUCUUCCGCCUGAUAGAUGAGAACCAGGACGGCCUUGUCAACUUUAAAGAGUUCUGCUGUGCCCUUGAUACGUUGUACAGUGGAUCUUUCACAAAUAAGCUGAAAUUCCUCUUCAAGCUGCACCUGCCACCAGCUUUUACAGGUAGUCCUUUGCACUUAAAGGAACAAAGAAUCCAGCACUUUAAUCCAGUGACUGAAGACUCUUCUCGCUUGAGUAGACUCACUGCAUUUGAUCUUCCAGAGGAUGGUGUGAUAAGGAAAAGCCCUGAAAGAGGUAGAGGAAAGGUGGACCUGCAGGCCUACCUGAAACAAUGGCAAAAUGAAAUACUGAAGAAAGAGGAAACUAUCAAGGACCUACCCCGUAUUAAUCAGACUCAGUUCAUCCAGUUCUCCAAGACCCUGUACAACAUUUUUCAUGGCGACCCAGAGGAGGAAUCUCUGUACCGAGCCGUGGCCCAUGUGACCAGCCUUCUCCUGAGGAUGGAGGAGGUGGGACGGAGGCUGCAGGAGCCGAGUAGCCCGCCUGAGUCCACGAAGCUUACCAGUACCUCUGCUGCGGAGGAGUCUUCAACCGAAGAAGCUUCUAGCACCCCGGAGAGCUCCGACACCUCCAGCUCCCACAACAGUCAGGAAGCAGGGCCCGACCUCUCGGAGGUGGAGUGGUCGUUUUCGUUCGAGCAGGUCCUGGCUUCUCUGCUCAACGAGCCGAUCAUAGUCAGCUUUUUUGAAAGACCUAUUGACAUUCAGACUAAACAGGGACAAGCUAAGGUUGCCCAGCUGAAGCUAAAGGUAAAUAAGUGAAAGGAUACAUUGCUUCUGAUCUAAACCUAGAAGUCACCAUGAAUUUCCUUUCUCUUGGAUUGGGCAGUGGGUUUUUUGGUGAGACAGAAAGCAAGUGGUAUCAUAAAUGGAGAGGAGACAUCAGAUUUCAAAAUCUGGGAUGCUGUGUGUGUGUGCGUGUGCGUGUGCAUGUGCAUGUGGGGCUUGGAAGACGUGCAACAUCUUUAAGCAUUUCAAACACUGUAGUAAGAAUCCACUGACCAACAACUUCAGUGCAUUUUUCUGAUGAGCCUCGUUGCAAACAUAUUGUAGGCUGUUGUUCCUCAUUUCUAAUGAUGCAUUUUCAGCCUCACUGAUGAAAUGCAUCCUCUCAUGUAGCCUGAGAUUCUUCAGAUUUGAACUGUAGUGUAAAAUAUUUUUCCCCUUUAUGCCGUGGAGCAUAUACACUAUAGUUUUAUAUUGUAUAAGGGACAUUCUGUCCUGUCCUCUGUAUUUAGAAAGACAGUAGAGUUUGUCCUUCCUGCUGUCUCUGAUGUACACCUCCAUAACGAAUGACGUAGACAAGGUGACUGAAAGUCCACAGGGAGAUUUUCCUUCUGGAUGUCUUGAUAUAUUUUAUCUUUCAGAUUUGAUCUUUUCAUCCUGUAAAUGCUAAUGUGUCCUGUGACUUCAUUGUCUCCUGGUGAGUAUAUCCUGUAAAUGUCAGCUUAUUGUGAGAAACACCAGCUUUUCAGUUGACACAGGCACAGAAUACACAGUGGUUCAGUGAGCAAGGACAAGCUGUAGUAUUGUCCAUGGAAGCCACAAACCAAUUUCAGAGAUCUACAGAGAUCUGAGGGAAGAUGUCAGAUACGUUUUAUUGAGAGCAUAAAGGGUUCAGUUACGGUAUUAUGCAUUUGCAAUAACAUGAGAGAAUGCCGUACUGCCACAGCGCACUCGUCUGUCUCCGCCCUGCAACAGCAGCACAUGAAGUAACAUAGAACGACUUCAAGUAUAUCACACUUGAAACUAUGAUCUGUAAAGGUAAACUAGUUUGAAUUUCACAGUGCUGCUGCGGGGAGACCACUUGUGUCCUCUGAAAUUGUGUAGGAAAUGUCCUGUGUGUGAUCUUCACAGUGUGAGUGAGUGAUGUAUUGUUUGCUUAUUUCUGUCAUACUCUACAUGUAGGAUGUUAUGCUCUAGUAUUGGUGCAGCAUUUUGUACAUAAAGGUCAGCUCAGUAGUCGUUUGAUCAUUGUAUUUAUGAGGCUUGUAUUGAAAAUGUAAUAUAUGAGAUAGUGGACUGUUGUGGACACACCUUAAACCUUUUGAAGGACAUUUUGUUUUAUCAAAUCUCAGGGUGCAAUUUGUGUAAAAUAAAAGGGAGAAAAUGGAUAUUUUUUGACCUGGGACAUAUAAAGUAUAUGAAUGAGUUAUAAAUAGCCUACAUCUUGUCUGGAACGUAAAUAUCGAGCAUGUGUAGCAUAGUUACAGGAUUUGCCACAUUAUGCUAGCUUUCGACAAAGAGCAACUAUUACUGCUUGUUACAGGAAGCCAGACUUGACUUACAGUAUUUCAGUUGUUGUUUUCUUCUUAUCUGUGCACUUUCUGCCUCUUUUCUUUGUUCUUGCUUCUGUCUCAGUGAAUAAUUUGCACAGCUGCUUGAGAUUCACAAUCUGUAGAUAUAUGCCUGUAUCUUGGCUGGAUCUCAGAGGUGCAGCAUUCUAUCUCCAGGGGCAGAAUUUGCAAAUUUAUAGAGCUUUAUCUCUGCUUGUGUAGGGAAAGUGUUUUAGAAGCUUCUUAAGUGCAAGUGCAAUUCUGUGCUAUAUUUUUUAUUAUUUUGCCAUUUGCUGGGAACAUUUUGUUAUUUUCUUAAUGAAGUACUUAUUUUUUCACUUAAGACUUUAGGACCAAUCUGAAGUGUAUUUCAUUGUGUAAUUGUAGGGUAAUUGACGUAGAGGAGCUUGUUGAAGUCAGCUGUACAUACUCCUUUCAGUUCUCAUUGGGACUGAAAAUAAAAAAAAUACUGUGUUUACAUGACUGAUAUAAAAACAAAAACAGAAAAAUCAAAACCCGCCCCUCAUCUUUGAUAUGUUGUCACGCCCGAAAUCCAAAGCAUAAUCAGUGACUUCAGUUCAAUGAGCCAUAAUGUAACAGUGCUGAGGCAGCAGAGUUUCAACAGGAGAGCUCAGCCUAGGGCUUCAGGAGCGGAGUAGCUGAACAUAUUGCAGCCUUUCAAAACAGCAGCUUUAUUUCCAUCAUUUCCAUUAUUUCCAUUCAGUCAUCUGUGACCACGGUCCAACUAUUUCAGCACGACUGUUCACCUGCAGUUUCGGGCUGCGUUUGUACCAUCUCCAAACUUCAAGGAAUGAUUUUAAAGGCUUUUCAAAUGCGACUUACAGCCUCUUAUCAAAGAUGUUGUAAUAUUUCUGCUAGAAUAAUUGCAUGCUUAGUCUAUCUCUGAUGAUUUAUUAUUUUAAAGAUUAGAGAUCACAUAAAGAAGACAAGUUUGCUUUCAAGAAUUCAUUUGUUGUUUUUCGUGGAAGAAAUAUAGAACAGUUGUUAAGGUAAACCAUUUGAUGCUCAGUACUUCCUUACUGUUUCCUCAGGCAUAGCCUCUGAAAAAUGGCACUUGAGAUGAUUUUUUUUCUUUUAGCCUGAAAUAGUUAGUGGUUUCCUCUUGUUGUGGAAAUAAAUUAAAGGACAUGACUUUGAAAGAACAGAGGGAGGGAAAUCAGAGAGUUGGAAUCUUCAGCCUCCUGGCACGCUGUCAGAUCUGCCAUUAAGCAUUCAGAGUGUAUACAGUAGACAUGGAUAAUGCUCCGGCUGCUCCAUUAGUCUAUAGUCCUUAUAUCCUUAUAUUUGCAAAUGCUUUUUAUAGACUGUACCUUUUGAUUAAAAGCUUGUUUUGCAAAAUAUGUGAAGCACAGAUAUUUCUGUUAACCUGCUUGAUUAGGAUUUUUUUUUUUUUUCAUUUCCAUGAAUAUGUAC